UAACCCCAGUGGCUGCAAUGUCGAUAGGAUAGGAAAUAAAGUUACUGUAGACACGCUUAUAUGUUUAAUGAUUUAGAAAUGGCAUCAAACGUUCACUUUAUUAAGAAUACUACGGUAUAUUAUCUGAAGGUUUUUGGACUGUCGUUCGUUGGCAAACUCCGAUCUCAGAACUUAGGUUGAGCUAUGCUUGCUGCUUGCAGUGUGAACAUAUCAUCCGACAAGUCACAGUACUCUUUUCAUUCGAACAAGUUGGUUGAGUGAAUAUGGAGCUUGGGAAAGCGAAACUCCUGAGGACUGGUUUAAACUCCCUGCAUCAAGCCCUCCACCCUGUACACGGGAUAGCAUGGACUGAUGGGAAGCAGGUCUGCCUCACCUCUUUCUACUUUGUCAACGGGGAGCCGAAGUUCGGCGACACCAACGUCAUCGGGCAGUUCGAGCACGUCUUCGGGCUCUUCUGGGGCCCGCUCUGCUGCUCGGACUCCCCAGCGCUGCUCGCCGUGCAGCACAAGAAGCAUGUCACCGUGUGGCAGCUCCAGCUGAGCGCCCUGGAGCAGAAUAAGCUCCUGUGUACGCAGACCUGUGAGAUGAGCGAGCCGUUCCCCUUGCUCUCGCAGGGCUGCGUGUGGCACCCCAAGCAGGACAUUCUGGCCGUCUUGACCAAGCGGGACACUUCGGUUCUCUUCUCUGUGCGGGUGGACAACCGCAGGGUGAAGGCAGACAUCAAGGGCAGUGGGCUCAUUCAUUGCGCCUGCUGGACCAAGGAUGGGACAAGGUUAGUAGUAGCCAUUGGCACUGGCCUGCAUUCGUACAUCUGGAAUGACAUUCAGAAGAGCUUGGUGGCGUGCUCUUUCUGCCCCAUCUUUGACGUUGGGGGUUACAUUUGUGCCAUUGAGUCCACAGAUGAUGCUCAGGUGGCUGUUGCCACUGAGCUGCCUCUCGACAGGAUAUGUGGCCUGAAUGCAGGUAUGGCUUUCGAAAUGCCUUCAGACUCAGACCAGUUGCCUCCCCCGUCCCCCAUGGUGAUGUUUGAGGACGAUAACCUGGACUCUCGGAGGAGGUCUGUAGACUCUGACAAAUCUCUGUCUUAUGGCUACAACUCUCCGACCUCCGGUGGACCCACGGAUCUGACCCACCUGUUGGCCAGGCACAGGAAAUCGGACCCCAGCCCGCUCAUUCAUUUGAAGCGACGGGACACUCUGACGGGCACCGGGCAGGACUCCUCGCAUUUGAUUCUGGUGACAUUCGAGCGCAAGGUCACCAGCAUCCGCAAAGUCAGCAUCCCUGGCAUCCUGGUGCCUGACAUCGUAGCCUUUGACCCGCGGGGCGGCACGGUAGCCGUGGCGUCCAACACCAGCAACAUGAUCCUGGUGUACUGCGUGACGGCCUCCGGCAUGCCCAACGUCCAGCAGAUCCAGCUGGACAGGAACGAGCGGCCGAAGGGCGUGUGUUUCCUCAGCAACAAGCUCCUCAUGCUCAUGGUGGGCCGGCAGAAGUCCAACGACCCGGCCUUCCUCCCCUCCUCCAACACGGACAAGUACAUCCUCCGGCUGACGGCCAAGGAGCUGCUGUUCGACGGAGAGACGAUCCCUCCCUCGCCUCAGCCGCCGGCCUCCCCCGUGAACUUCCCGGGGAUUAGACGCCACUCGGAGCACUUGCCCCGAGACGACCGGCUGUGCGGCGGCGGCAUGCGGGAGCUCAUGUUGCCAGGUGGUGGCGUAAUCCCCUCCCCGGGGAGCGUCAGGCGGAAGCUGGUGGAGGAGGUGGUGAGCACGCAGAUCACGGCAGGCGGCAGCCCAGGCGGCAGCUCCACGGACUUCUCCGACCGCGCCACCUCCAGCGCCUCGUCCGUCACCAUCGAGAACUACGACAUGGACCACAUGAGCCGCAUGGCCAGUCUGGCCGUGGGCGGGCCGACGAGUCGGGAGUCCAGCCGGCCGUGCUCGCCGCGUUUCGAACUCCCCUUGGAGAAGCUCCAAUCGGAGCCGCCGCCGGCGAAGAACAACAGCCUCCCCAAAGACAAAGCUGUUGAUCAGCUGUCACAGGGCAUGGAGAAGAUUUUUGCCCGAUUUUCUGAAGUGCAGCAGUCUUUGACAGAGAUUCGGGACUAUGCCCAAAAUGGAAGGAAAGCUAUAGUGAGCUAUCCGGGUUGUGCAGAACCUCCUUAUGUCAACCUCACAUUUCAGAAGCAGCUGUCGGAGAAUGUGUUCAUAGACGAGAGGAGGCCCGUGCUGCUGUGUGAGGGGAAGCUGAGUCUGAAGAUGAUCCAGGAGCUCUUCAGCCUCACCGUGGUGGAGAUGCUGCAUGGUCCUCUGUGGAUAGUCCUUGUUGCCGACGCAGAGGGCUUCGUCCCCCUGACGUUCAAGCCUGGCGAACAUCUCACCAUCAGGAAUGGAAAAAGGAAUUUCCCACUGAAGGGACACGGAGGCAUGGACGCCUCGAACACAGAGAGACAGUUUUCCGGCUGCGGAGAGAACUGAGAACCAACAAACUAAACACACAGAACCCGUUUUCCUUAAAACAUCAGUCUGUAGACCUCUGAAGUUCGCCUACAACAAGAACCUUAAGGAGAUUCGGGUUCAAUCUUUGCACAUAUAAGGAGAUCUGGAUCUUAUAUGGGCAAAGAUGGCAGCUUUGGGUCCUUUUUGAAGAGGUCCAUGAUGAAAUGUUCCCACCUGUAAUGUCUGAUCAGAAUAGAAGGGCAAGUAAGAAGCUCAUGGAAAUGGAACAGUUCCUGCUCAUAACAUAUCAGAUGAAGUUUAUUUUCUUACACUUAAAGAAAAAAAGAUAUUUUUUGAAGGUUAUUUGAUUUAAAGUUUACAAUAGAUUGUUUUGACAAGAGUUGUGAUAGAUGUUUGGCUGAACAUUCAAUUCAACAAACACGUUGUUCAUUUGUUUGACUGAUUGUUUGUUUGUUUUCAGUUGAUAAAUGAACAAACUGGAGUGCCUGCUGAUAGGUUGUUGGCCAGUAGUAUACAGCGUAAGUUUUAUCUGCAGGAUGAACCUGCUAUGUUACAUGAAUCCUCACUGAAAAAAUAAAUUAUAUUUGUAUUGACCACAAAUCUGUUCAGAUCCCAACUGUGUUCACACUGCUGGGAAAAAAAUAUUUAUCCUAUUCCUAUCGAACAUGAAAAAGCCCCCUAGACCACAAAACCCAAAUCAGGUUUAAAAGGAUCAUGUAAAAAGAGAAUAAUUAAUUAAUGAUGGCAGAUAGUAAUGUUCGAAUUAUAAACAAUGUGCAAGCAAUCCUAUGUUAUAGAAAUGGGAGACACUUCCAGAUGCUCCCACUUACCAUCUUGCCAACAGUGCAUUCAGAAAUUAAGCAUCAUGGGACUGAUCUCAUUCAUUACAGGGUUUAUGCAGGGUCUUCAAAACUAAAAAGGUGUAACAUUUAAUAAUAUGAAUUUUAGCCCUUGGAAAGUCUCAGAUAUUAAAAUGUCUUUUUUAAAAUAUGCAGUACGCUAUGGCUAGGUUAUCCUUUAGGUCUUAGAUGUGCUUAGGCAGGUCUUAAAGUUCAUUCAACGCUAGUUCAACAGUGGUCAUUUCAUUUCAUUUCAUUUUUUUUUUUAGCAGCAUAGAUUGAAGUUGUUUAACAUUGAAGCUCGUUCUCUCAACAGUACGGAUACAGUACAGUACUGUAUAUCACAAUGUAAUACAAUUAUAACCAGAUUUAUGUGGAACUUCAUAUUUUUUUUCCCAGUAUGGUGUGAAAUCAGUUUUAAAUUUAAUUCAUAAUGCUCUCAAAAUGGUCUACAAAAGUCUUACAUUUUACUUGUUGAAACCUGCAGAAGCCCUACAUUACUUAACUAUGUAAAGUUGCACACAUAUUUUGUCAUGCACUGUUUUGCAAUGGUCGCCAAUGGAUUUCCUGUUAUCACUGACAUGUUACCCAUUCUAACCAUUAUAACCAGACAAUCCUUCUCUAUCAGUGGUCUCCUGAGGUCACAUGAUCGACAGACAGUUUAUUGAUUGGUUGGCUGCCUUUUCCUCCUGACUAGCAUUCCUUCCUGAUGCUCCUGGAUAGUAGCUCUUAGAUUUUCAAAGCUUUGACUGCUUGAAACAGAUUUUUUUUUUCUCCUUAGACCACUGACUAGAACUGAUCACUGGGUGAAUGUGGGGUAGGUGUAAACUGGAUGAAUCAACAUGUUAUUGGUUAUAUCUUUAAUCCAAGAUCACAAUACAAUCCUUAUGUAAUAAUAACAAUCAACCGUACAAGUUCUU